AUGAUGAUGAAGAUAAAUAUGAUGAUGAAGAUAAAUAUGAUGAUGAAUAUAAAUAUGAUGAUGAAUAUAUAUAUGAUUCUUAUAAAAAAUAUGAUAGUAGUUAUGAAUAUAAUACUUAUGAUGAUAAUGAUGAUGAAAAAAGGAAAGAUAAAAAGGUAAAAGAUAAAAUAAGAAAAAAAAAGAAAAAAAAAGAAAAAAAGAAAAAGAAGAAAAAGAAGAAGAAAGAAAAAAAAAAAAAAAAACAGAAAGAGAAAUUAAAAAAUUUACAAUCUAUAUUAAAAAGUAAAGAAUUUGUUGAAAAUUAUUUAAAUCCAUGUGUAUUAAAUAAUAUACCUAUAUCAGUAGAUGAAUAUAAAUUUUUUUUAUGUUAUUUAAAAAUUGAAAUCAUAGAAGAUGAUGGAAUAAGAAUAGUAAAAAAAAAUUUGAUUAAUAAUAUUACACCUACACGUUUUAGUGUUAAUGCUAGACCAGAAAAAGGUAGAAAAAAAGUAGCUUUUAAACAUGAAACUCUUUUUAUGAAUACAAAUGAAGAUAUAUUAAAUAGAAAUUCUUUAGAUAGAUCUGAUAAUUUUAUAAAUAAAACAGUAAAAUUUGUAGGAAAUACAAAUGAUAGUGAUAAAUAUAUGAUUGAAUAUUGUAAACAGAAAAUAUUGAAAAAAGAUAAAUCUUUAUUAUGUUUAGAUAAUAGAAAAUUAGUAGCCAAAAUAUGUAGUAAAAAUAAAAUACCUAUAUUAUGGAUUAGAAUAGAUAAUGAUUUUGUUUUAUUAGGUAGAAUAAGAAGAUCACAAAGUAUAAGUAUGUGGAUUCAACAAUUAUAUAAUGAUAAU